AUGGGAGGGCGCGGAGGCGGGCGCGCCCCCACCGGCUUCGUCUGGCCGCCUCCGGGCGCCGGCACGUCGACCCCGCGCCCUUCGUCGUCGCCGUACCAGCCCGCGACGGCCGUCUACCACAACCCGGCCGCGACCACGCCGCACGUCGGCGCGUACCAGCACGGCGUCGUCUACCGCACGCCCGCGCCGUCUCCCGUACGCGCCCGGCCUUCGCCCGCCGCCGUCACCAUCCGCGCGCCUUCCCCGACCCCGGCCCGCGUCUCGGCGCCGCCGCCAUCACCGACGCCGUCUACCGCGACCGUCGCCAAGGAGCUCGAGCAGAAGCUCUUCGUCACCGAGACCGCGCUGGCCCCGCCGGCUGCGGCGGCCGCGGCGGCGGUGGCCGCGUCGCAGCCGGGCCAGCCCGCGGCCGAGAAGGCGCCCGAGGUCGACCUCGCCCCCGUCUCCAAGAAGGGGCUCGCCCACCCUGCGCGCCCCGGCGCCGGCACCGCCGGGAAGAAGGUCAUGAUCCGCGCCAACCACUUCCUCGUCAACGUCGCCGACAACAACCUCUUCCACUACGACGUUUCCAUCAACCCAGAGUCAAAAUCAAGACAGACAAACAGAGAGGUACUCAGUGAGCUUAUCAAGAUACACGGGAAGACAUCUCUUGGCGGCAAAUUGCCUGCCUAUGAUGGAAGGAAGAGCCUUUACACUGCAGGCUCACUUCCUUUUGAAUCAGAGGAAUUCACUGUUACACUGGUUGAUCCUGAAAAGAAAGAUAAAGAAAGGGCUGAAAGGGAGUACAAGAUCACCAUUCGAAUUGCUGGGAGAACUGACCUGUACCACCUUCAGCAGUUCCUAUGUGGAAGACAGAGGGAUAUGCCUCAAGAAACCAUCCAAGUACUUGAUGUUGUCCUCAGGGAGUCACCAUCUUGGAACUAUGUCACAGUGUCCAGAUCCUUUUUCUCUACCACUUUCGGUCACAGAGGAGACAUUGGUGAAGGAUUGGAGUGCUGGAGAGGUUACUACCAGAGUCUGCGUCCAACACAGAUGGGGCUUUCGCUCAAUAUAGAUAUAUCAGCAACAUCCUUCUUCAAGCCUGUGACAGUGAUCCAAUUUGUUCAAGAGUUCCUCAAUCUACGUGACGUCUCCCGGCCUCUGAAUGACAGGGACCGUGUGAAGAUAAAGAAAGCACUGCGAGGAGUCCGUGUUGAAACAAACCACCAGACAGACCAAAUCAGAAGAUACAAGAUAACAGGGCUCACUAGUGUCCCCAUGAGCCAGCUGAUAUUUCCUGUUGAUGAGAGAGGAACGAGAAUGUCGGUUGUUCAGUACUUCUUCGAUAGAUAUAACUACAAACUUCAGCAUACUAAUUGGCCCUGUCUGCAGUCUGGAAGUGAUUCUCGGCCUGUAUAUUUGCCUAUGGAGGCAUGCAAGAUUGUAGAAGGGCAAAGGUACUCUAAGAAGCUUAAUGACAAGCAAGUGACAAACAUACUUAGAGCAACCUGUCAACGUCCCCAGCAGAGGGAGCAAAGCAUUCGUGAGAUGGUUCUACACAACAAGUACGCAGAGGAUAAGUUCGCUCAAGAGUUUGGAAUCAAGGUGUGCAGUGACCUGGCCUUAGUUCCAGCCCGUGUGCUGCCUCCUCCCAUGUUGAAGUAUCAUGAUUCUGGAAGGGAGAAAACUUGUGCACCAAGUGUUGGACAGUGGAACAUGAUUAACAAGAAAAUGAUUAAUGGAGGAACAAUAGACCACUGGGCAUGUUUAAGUUUUUCACGCAUGCGUCCUGAGGAGGUAUACAGGUUCUGUGUUGAUCUGAUUCAGAUGUGCAAUGCCACUGGAAUGUCUGUCUGCCCAAGGCCAGUUGUCGACAUCCGGACAGCUACUCCCAACAACAUUGAGCACGCAUUGAGGGAUGUACACAGGAGGACCGCGGAAUUAAUAGCUCAACAGGGAAAGGGAGGCCAGCUCCAACUGUUACUAGUAAUCCUACCUGAAGUCACUGGUUCUUACGGAAAAAUUAAAAGGGUUUGCGAGACUGACCUUGGGAUUGUGUCUCAGUGUUGCCUGCCAAGGCAUGCUUCCAGACCAAACAAGCAAUAUCUGGAAAAUGUUGCACUCAAAAUCAACGUGAAGGCCGGAGGGCGCAACACAGUUCUUGAGAGAGCGUUUGUGCGAAAUGGUAUACCUUAUGUUUCUGAAAUCCCAACAAUCAUCUUUGGUGCUGAUGUUACACACCCCCCACCUGGCGAGGACUCUGCAUCAUCUAUUGCUGCAGUGGUGGCAUCGAUGGAUUGGCCAGAAAUCACCAAGUACAGGGGUCUUGUCUCUGCUCAACCACACAGGCAGGAGAUAAUAGAAGAUCUCUUCAGUGUCACCAAAGAUCCAAAGAAGGGUACCGUCAAUGGUGGCAUGAUCAGGGAGCUAUUGAUUGCCUUCCGCAGGAAGACAGGCCGGAGGCCUGAGAGGAUAAUCUUCUACAGAGAUGGCGUAAGUGAAGGUCAAUUCAGUCAUGUUCUGCUUCAUGAAAUGGAUGCACUCCGGAAGGCCUGUGCCUCUUUGGAGGAGGGUUAUCUACCCCCAGUCACUUUUGUGGUUGUCCAGAAAAGGCAUCAUACCAGGCUAUUCCCUGAGGUUCAUGGAAAACGUGAGACGGCUGAUAAGAGUGGGAACAUUCUUCCUGGAACUGUGGUUGACCUCAUGAUUUGCCACCCUACUGAGUUUGAUUUCUACUUGUGUAGCCAUGCUGGCAUUCAGGGAACUAGUAGGCCAACACAUUACCAUGUUCUUUAUGAUGAGAAUCACUUCACAGCUGAUGCUCUUCAGUCACUGACCAACAAUCUUUGCUACACAUAUGCUCGUUGCACUCGCGCAGUCUCUGUUGUCCCACCAGCGUACUAUGCCCAUCUUGCUGCAUUCCGUGCUCGCUACUACGUGGAAGGAGACAGUUCAGAUGGUGGCUCAACCCCUGGCGGAGGUGUUGCCCGAGAGGGACCUGCGGAGGUGCGCCAACUCCCACUGAUCAAGGAGAAUGUCAAGGACGUCAUGUUCUACUGCUGAGCUCCCCUGGAGUUGUUCAUUCUUCGACCUGCAGUACUUCCCUUGCUGGAUGAUGAGAUGUGUGUGAGAGCCUGAGUUGGCGAUGGUUCUGAGUUAUCUUAAUUCAAGACUUGUGGCCUUGAGCCUUUCUUUCUGCUAUUCGAAGUAGCCAGGAUAUGACUGAGCUUUUUUUGGUGGCCUUGAAGGCCUUUAAUAUCAACUCUUUGAAACCUAUGCAAGAGUUUUAAGUUAUGACAAGUCUAUUGCCUA